AUGAUCAGUGAGCGUGAAAAGCCAUUGGGUGAGGAUUCAGAGGCAGAGGGCUUCACCACCGUAAUUUAUGAAUGGAUACCAGAGAAGACCGUGGAAGAGCAAGAUGGAGCAAUAGGUCCCCACAAAGCCACUGCAGAUCUGCAGAGAGGCGCAGCAGGAGCACCUCCGAAGUGUGGUCAGUACUGCACGGACGACGUGGACGAGUGCCACCUGCAGCCCAACACCUGUCAGAACGGCGGCACCUGCAACAACGCGCCGGGCGGCUACAACUGCGUGUGCGUGAACGGCUGGAGCGGCCUGGACUGCUCGGAGAACAUCGACGACUGUGCCACCGCCGCCUGCAGCAAGGGCUCCACCUGUGUGGACCGCGUGGCCUCCUUCAUAUGCCAGUGCCCCAUCGGGAAGACUGGCCUGUUGUGCCACAUCGACGAUGCCUGCAAGAACAACCCGUGCCGCCAGGGUUCCCAGUGCGACACCAACCCCAUCAACGGCAUGUUCAACUGCAACUGCCAGUCAGGCUACAAGGGAUCCAACUGCUACGAGGACAUAGAUGAGUGUAGCAUGGGUGCAAAUUCCUGUGAGCACAACGGCAACUGUAUAAACACGGAGGGGUCGUUCACCUGCAACUGCGUGGCGGGCUACACGGGGCCGCGCUGCGAGCAGGACGUCAACAAGUGUCUGUUCAACCCCUGCAAGAACGAUGCCACCUGCCUGGACCAGAUCGGAAAGUACACCUGCAUCUGUAUGCCGGGUUUUGAGGGCGAGCACUGUGAGAAUGACAUCAAUGAGUGCAACAGCUCUCCGUGCCUCAACAGUGGGAAGUGUAUAGAUGAAGUCAGCCGCUUCGUCUGUGAAUGUCCUCAAGGAUUCACGGGCGAGACGUGCCAGGUUGACAUAGACGAGUGCGCCAGCACGCCGUGCCACAACGGCGCCAAGUGCUGGGACAGGCCCAACGGCUACGACUGCGAAUGCGCCGAAGGCUUCACGGGCCCGCUGUGUAUGGAGAACAUUGACGACUGCAACCCCAAGCCCUGCCACCACGGCGUGUGCAAGGACGGCAUCGCCAGCUACAAGUGCGAGUGCGACCCAGGCUACAUGGGCGCCAUCUGCAACGUCCAGAUCCAGGAGUGCCACAGCAGCCCCUGUCAAAAUGGCGGACGCUGCAUUGACAUGGUCAACCAGUACCAGUGCGUCUGCCCAACAGGCACCUCCGGAUUGAGAUGGGAGAGAUAG